AUGAUUAUCGAUAAGCACGAAUAUAAUGUAAAGAACGCAAACGCAAAGCAAUACAUAUAGCCGCACUACUCUACCGCCAUUGGUCUCUUCUUGUAUCUGUUGACGCAAAUUCGGUGUAAAAAGAGAGGAUACACAUACAACUACAACAAAGCCGCUGUAGUACUACAGCAAAAGCAAAAACAAAAACAACAAGAGUGAGGUAAACAAAACAAGAGAAGUGUGAGUAGUUGGCUGAUGCGCGACAUGGCCGAUUUAGACGCAGUGCAUCUCGGCCUCGAUGAAAAUGAGGCAGACAUCGCCGAGGAGCUGCAAGAUUUUGACUCCUUCGACACACGGAGCGAAGCCUCCAAAUCCCGAGGCGGCUCCAUGGCCUCCGACUCUGAGCCGAGCAUUAGCUCGGUGAGCACAGCACCAUCCUCGAUCGAUGGCAGUCGGAGCAGCAGCAAACGUUUGACCAAAACCAAAUCCUCCAGCAGCAAGGCAGCCAAGGAUGCGACUGCCAAGUCCACAACUGCGGCGACCACAACUAGCACAACAAGUGCAGCUGCAGCAGGUGGCGGUAAAAGUAAAUCGAAGAAAUCCUCCAAGCGUUCCGCUUCGCCCAGCGAGGUGAAUGGCAAAAGGAAAAAGUCAAGCAACAGUGGCAGUGAAUCCAAGUCGAAGAAACAGCUGGAACCCGAUGAAAAGUCGUCCAACUCAAAGUCACAGGAUGGUGAAGAGCGCGACUCCAGUGCCAAGAAAUCGCGCAGCAGCAGCAGCUCCAAGAAAAACACACCAACGGCAGCUGCAACAGCAGCCGGCGCAACUGGAGCUGGCGCCAAGAGUGAUGCCAGCGAUGCGGAGGAUGAGAAGCCAACGCAUCUGCCUGCCUUGGAGUCAGACAGUGAAUCUUCGGACUCCGAUUCGGGCACACAGCACAAACGCAAUGGCAGCGCUCGGGGCAAGACAACCAAAGCCACCAGCAGCUCUAAGGGAUCGACACCGGAGAAGGAUGGAGGAGCAAGUGGCAAUAAUACGCAAAAGUCCUAUGACUAUAUGACGAAACUGAACUAUUUGUUCCGCGACACGCGCUUCUUUCUCAUCAAGUCCAAUAACUCCGACAAUGUGCAGUUGUCGAAGAACAAGAGCGUGUGGGCAACAUUGCCUCAGAAUGAUGCCAAUCUGAAUCAAGCCUUCAAGGAGGCGCGCAAUGUGCUGCUCAUCUUCUCGGUCAACGAGAGCGGCAAAUUCGCUGGCUUUGCUCGCAUGGCGGCGCCAUCGCGACGCGAUAUUCCCCAGGUGGCCUGGGUGUUGCCGCCCAGCAUUUCACCCAAGGCCUUGGGUGGCGUCAUCGAGCUGGAUUGGAUAUGCCGCAAAGAGUUGUCGUUCAAUGCGACGCUGCACCUGCACAACUCAUGGAACGAGGGUAAACCGGUGAAGAUUGGACGUGACGGUCAGGAGAUUGAGCCGAAAAUUGGCGGCGAACUGUGUCGCCUGUUUCCCGAGGACGAAAACAUCGAGUUGACGCCCAUCUUGCGCAAAUCAAAGGAGACGGCACGCGUGAUGCGUGAGAAGGGCAUCCAUGUGAUCUACAAGCCGCCGCGGAGCCUCUCCAGUCGUGGACAUGGAGGUGGCGGCGGUGGUGGACGCGGCAACAGUCAGCUGGGACCGAUGCGACACAAGCGGAGCUAUGGCCACGGGGCACCACAUCAUCAUCAGCGACCGUAUCGCCAUCAUCAUCAUCACCAUCAUCAUGGCAUGGGCAUGGGCGGCAUGCAGGGAGGCGGUGGUGGCGGCGGCUUCAAACGCAGCGGUUCACCAUAUCGUCAGAUGGCCGCCGGAGCUGCCGGCGGCUCUGCUGAGAUGGGGAUGCCAUCGUGGGAGCGUUACAUGUCCACGGCUGCAGCUGCGGAGGCCUAUGUGGCCGACUACAUACGCAACAUGCACGGCCAGCUGCCGCCGUUGCCCUUUGUGCCGCCCUUCGGCCAAUUGCCCAUGCCCACAGCAGCCGGAGCGGCGAACGCAUUGCCCCCCGGUGCACCAGCAUCGAUGUACGAACAGUUGCCGCCACCGGUGCGUUACUACGAUGGUCCGGGUGCACCGCCGUUGCCGGAUUACCCGCCGCCACAGCCAAUGCGACCACCGCCACCGGGUUUCGAUAAGGCGCCCAGCUAUGAGGACUUUGCGGCCUGGAAGAAUGCGGGUUUGCCGACGGUGGCAGCACCACCGGGUUUCCCGGGAGUCUAUGCCGCCAAUGGCGGUAGCAGCAAUGCCACAGGCAAUGGAGGCGGCGGUGGAGGCGGAGGAAAUGGCGGCGGUGGUGGAGCUGUGGCAAGCAUUAGUGCUGGCAAUCGCGAUAAUAACAACAGCUCGGUGGGCGGUCGACGACGCGAUUAUGGUGGUGGCGGCAACCGCAGCGGAUCUUCGCGACAGUUUCGUGGCGAUCGCGGUGGUGGCGGAGGUCAACGCAGCUAUCGGGACACCAGGCGUUAAGUGUGCGGUUGAGCCUAAUUGCCGGGUAAUCGAUAACGACAAAAGAUAAGUUAAAAGUGCGCGAAAUUUAAAAAAAAAGAAAA